AACGCUUUACAGUAUCGGGUGAUAAAUUCACUUAACACAAAUUACUGGACGUGCAAACAGCAUUCAACAUGAAGGCGUACAUGAUAUUUACUACUUUAAUUAUUCUUAAUGUUACUGGAAUACUUAUAUCCGUAAAUGUUUACAAAUAUAAAGUUAAAUUUGCUUUUGAAAUAGUGGACAACUUUGAAGAGAUAAAGUUUAAGUCGGGUGAUUUUGGAUUUAAAUAUAUAAAACAGAUCGCGAUCAAGCUUCAUGUGUUUGAGGCAAACACAACAGCUUUAUGGAGAGCAGAUCAACUUUCACGAGCGUUCAGAGAACAGUUUUCAAGCGAGAUUUCGGCUGCUGAACCAUACCAUGAAUCCGAAGUUCCAAGUAGAUCACCGACCCCUUACCGUGGAAGGAACAGGAGCAGAAACAGAAGAGACCUUCGGAAAUCUCAAUUGUAUAAAUCCUGUGCGGUAUAUUACGACCCGGAUGUAGAGGAGGCUUGGAAGAUUGGGUAUACAGGGAAGAAUGUCACUGUUGCAGUCGUUGAUACUGGUGUCUAUGUCGACCAUCCAGACCUACGAAUGAAUGUUAACAUCGAACUCUCACAUAGCUUUGUCGGUUUCAACUCAAGCGCCGUAAAGCCUGACACCCUCUUCAGUUACAAAGAAUUAAAUGAACUUACAGACCACGGAACCCUUGCAGCCGGAAUCAUUGGAUCAGAAAGAGGGAACCAAAUAUGUUCUGCUGGCAUUGCUUUUAACGCAACUCUUGUGGGUUUAAAGGUGUUCAAACUAGAUGAAGAGGACAUCAAAAUCCUUAAAGCCUUCAAGCAUGUCUCAUUCAGCAACGAGAAAAUACCUGCUGCAUUAGAAUAUAAAAGAGACGUAAUUGACAUUUAUUCGUGCAGCUUUAACCUUAGGUCAGCGUUUGUCAAAAAUGACAUUGAGACCAAGACGAUAUUGAAAGAGGGAGUCACAAAGGGAAGAAACGGAAAAGGUAGUAUAUUCGUGUUUUCUGCCGGAAACGCAAUGACUGGCGACAUCCAUGACAGAAACAUGGAAUUUUAUGCAAGCAGUGUAUACACCAUCACUUUUUCGAGUGUCGGAAAACAUGGAAAGCGACCUUCAUAUACCCAACCCGGUUCAUGCAUUUUGGCUGCAACUUUCGGCGAUUUUCGAAUAUGGGCCGGGGAAAUAUUAAAAUCCACAGCAAGAGAAACCCAAUGCAAGAAAUUCCAAGGAACCUCAGCGGCGGCGGCCAGAGGCUCGGGAAUGAUUGCUCUCAUGUUGGAAGCCAAUCCCUUUUUGACAUGGAGAGAUGUGCAGUAUAUAAUCAUUCUCUCGUCUUCAUUGGACAAUGUGAACAGUCAGGGAUAUACCGCAUGGAAUGUAGCAGGCCGAAGAUAUAACCAGUAUUUUGGAUUCGGUUUGAUGAAUGCGACAGCCAUGGUGCUGACCGCGAAAAAUUGGAGCUCGGUAUCGAAACAACGUACCAUUUCAGCGAGGCCACAUUCUUUUAGAAAACUUGCCAGUUCAAAAUAUAAUGCAACUAUAGCUAUAACAAAUAUACCUGUAUGUGCCACGCCAAGUUGUCUACAGUUGGUAGAACAAGUAGAAGUGUUCCUUAACUUUACAUUGGCGCAGGGGGGUCUAGCAGAUAUGGAGAUAUUGCUCGUUUCACCUUCAAAUACUCUCAGUUAUCUUUUGAGCCAAAGGGAACAAAAUUGGGAUAAACAACCAAAGCGACAGCAAGUAUGGAACAUCGAGUGGUCCUUUACUUCUGUUCAUUUUUGGGGCGAACCGGUGAAUGGCACAUGGGUUCUUCUGAUUCAGAAUAAUAUCAGUUCAACCAGCAGUGAUUGGAUAGUAAAACUUCGUGAUGUAUCUCUGACAUUCUAUGGUGUGAAACGAAGAAAGCAGUAUAUAAAAAAAGAGGAAAAGUACCAAUUUUCAAGCGACAUUAGUGUUGUAAAUGAUAUGCAGCGACUUUUGCGUGAAUCGGAUGUGUUUGAAUUGGAAACAGUAAAAUCAAAAUUGAUUGAAAAAACUGUUAAACCAAAGAACGAGUGGUCGUUCAUAUUAGUGCUCAAAGUGUUUAUUAUAAGUAUGUGUUUGUAUGUCUUGAUAUUUGGCUGCUUUUUAUGUUAUAAUUAUGUCAUACCGAUAGCUAAGUGGUAAAAUGUUCGCCUCGGGCACGGAAGGUCCCGGGUUCGAUUCCAGACCGCAUCAAACCGGAAGACGGUAACACCUCAUAGUGUAUUAACAACAGACACUGAUAUCAUUAUUUGCUUUAAUAAUGAUACGUUGGUGCUACUAAGUAGACAGCGCAGGUUACUGAUAACUAUUAACUGUGUGUCAAUGGUAAUCACUACACUGAGUUUUAUGAUUUUGCACUAUGGAAAGGACAGAUGCUAAGAUCCCGGUCAUAUAUUCAGACAUUUACGCAAAAAUUGGCUCAUUCCAAGACAGAAAAAAAAUCAAAUAAAAAAACGUUGUCAAAACGGUCAACCUGUGAGAGAGCCGCUUUAAUUCUUAAAUGUAUUGAUCAGUCAUGUAUUUAGAAUAUUGCAUUUCGAAAAUAACCACCGGCACUCUGUUAUAUUGUUUAUAUCUAUAGUUAUCUUGGCCAGGUCAUCAAUGCUGUCUUGAACGAACAUUUCCAAAUCAGUUUCCUCUAACCAUGCUGCCCCUAGACAUAUAUUACAAGGCAAUAAUGAUAUAAUAAACCUAUGUGGUAUACCAUUUCCAGCUGUACGAAGUAAUGGACGGAAGAAUGGAAUGGAAUGAACAUACAUAUUGAUUUAUCAAGGCGAUUGCAUUAAAAGAAAUGUUCUUUGACACAAACUGUAUAGACUAUUAAUUGCACAAACUUUAUUUGGAGUUUGUAAAUUAAUUGAUAAAGCCAUCCAUUGUAAAGGUUAGCUUGUUCAUGUUGUAAUAAUUGAUUGAGAAUUGUUAAAAAAGCUGACUAUUCAGUGAAUUGCUUAUUUUUGUUAAACAAGUUGUUUAAUGGCUGGUUGCGAAUAUGUACGUUGCGAUGUCUUUGUCUUUGGAUUGACGUAAUCUAAAUACCCUGAUCUUGUUCAGUUGAUGAAUAAAGGCUGUUAAGCACA